AUGUCGUCGGAGGUGGACAUCGAGCAGAAUAUGUGGUCCGACUGUAGUAUCAAAAGUUCAUUACCGAAAAGGGAUAAAAAUUUAAUCGGGAUCAAGUGUUUAGCACAAAAGGCUAAACCCAUGUCCCAGGACUUGACGGUUACGGACAGCGACUUAUAUAAAAGACCCGGACUAUACAUCUCAGCCGAUAAACAGUGCCAAAUGGCUUUUGGCCCUAAAUUCAGUUAUAAGCUCAGCCAACGCACUAGUAUUUGUCAGGCAUUGAAAUGUAGGGACGAUUUCUUUGUGGUGCAAACGUGGGGCGCAUUGGAGGGCACGGAAUGCGGGCAUAUUAGUCAGUGCACUAACUCCCGGUGCCGUCGAUUAACCUACGAUACGGACAACUACUCGGCCAGUGGUCGGGCUAUUGUCAGGAGUCGAUAUACAGUAUCGACAGAUGGGCUAUUACUACUGUUACUGACAGUGCCAUUUGUGGGCCUUGGUGCUACCUACAUGGAGGAUUUUUAUUUGACCAUUGUGUAUUCCCUACUUAUGUCCCUGGGCAGUAUAUCCACCAUUACAUUUUGCUUGGAGUGCUAUGAGAAGCAUGUGACCAUGCUUAAAACUCGCAAAAUUAUAGCUGACACUGGAUUACCGGCACAGUAUGCUAUGAAACAACUCGUGGAUCCUAAUGUUGACGUUAAUUUGCAGUCAAAGGCACCGGUAGCUCAAGAAAAUCCGAUUUUAUAA